UGUCUUCCUGAAUACUUCCUCUUUCGCUCGGUGAUUGGCCAGUAAAGGGUUCCCAUGGUAACUGAUACUACACUUUCACUCCCUAGCCCUGAUGACAUCGCCUACCUCCUAUUAGCCACUUUGAAGAAAGGGCAGCGGGACGGGGCUUGCAACUUAUUACGCAUGCGCACUCUCUUUUCACUGAUUGGCAAGCGCUUUACACUUUCACCCUUCCUCCACGAGACUCCUUAGCAACGGUCACCGUUGAGACCGAGGGAGACGCCCCUCGCGGAUUGGCUGCCCCUGGCCUCUCCGCAGCAUAGAUUGGCUGAAGCGUCGUUAAAGGGCCAGGCCUUGGCAGUCGCUGCCCGAGAACCGGCUGUCCCGGAACGGAGGCGGGACCGCGGGAGGAGCGACGAGAUGAUCCGCCAGAAGUCCAGCCAAUUCCUAGGACUCAGAAUGCAGUCGGAGCUUGAAGAGCCCUCCGAACAGCGGCGGGAACCCGACAAAAACCUCAGCUCAGUGGAUGAAUCGGCUACGCGGAUGGGAACAGAUGUGCGGAUCGAGUCGGGGACCGCGGCCUCGGUGGAAGCAGAUGAUGAUCCUGCAGCCAACUUGUUCCCGCCGCCGCUGCCCCAGCCCCGGAUCUGCAUGUGGAAGUACUUGGACAUCCAUUCCAUGCAGAGGCUGGAGAAGACAGCCAACGUUGAGGAGAUGAGGGAGGUGCUGGCCAAGCUGUUGGGGCUAGGCGGUCCUGAGCAGAGCCUGCGGGAUGCCAUCACCCUGGACCUCUUCUCCCAUGCACUCAUUUUCUGCCGCCAGCAGGGCUUCUCACUGGAGCAGACAUCAACCGUUUGUGCCCUGCUCCAAGAUCUUCACAAGGCCUGUGUUGCAACCCCCCUGGGCAACGUGGAGGAAUGUUACCGCUACUUCACCAGUGUUCUUUUCUGCCAUGGAGUCAGGCGGCCCCCCUUCAGUAUCAACCUCUUUAAGGAGGAACAGCUGCUGGCCCUGGCAGAUUAUGUGGUCAACACCUACUUUCGCCACUUCAAGCUCUACAAAUAUGUCUUCACACCCCAGGUGCGGUUGGAUCUAUCUUUGACUUACAUGGGGCUACAGCCACCCAAGCUCGAGCCAGAGGAUGAGAUGGAGAAAGAAGGUGGCGAGGAAGUGGAGGAGCAGGCAGUCACCCCACAGGAUGAGGAACCGGAAACAGUGGUCCAGGAAGAGCCAAGCCAGGUCUCCAUCCUCCGAGCCUAUAUCAAGACCCAGCUGAACAAGGAGCUGGGGCAGCUGCAACAGCUGGUGGAGGAGCGGCUCAAGGCCAGUGAGGACAGGCUCAGCAGCAAGUUGACUGCACUAGAGCAGCCUUCCCAGCUACCUGCAGGCAAAGGCAAGAGCAAGACCAAGUGACCCUCAGUGUUUCCCCAAUAAAGGCCUGGGCCAGAGCAGCUCCAUCCC